AUGAGCUGGAUACAAAAGGAGUUCCUAAUGUGGCCAAAGUCAUUGAACAACGAGAAGAUCGAUAAGAUGCGGAAGGAAGGGACGAUUUUUAAAGCAAUCGUUGGCAAAGAGAAACAAGCUUGCAGUUCCCGAAGCUCGUUUCAGAAAGUUAAAGCACUAUCGGUUGAGCCACCGGAAAAACUGGUCCGUCCACCACAGCCAUUGGAACCAGUCAUCAAUAUUCGCCCUGAUACGCCACCGGAAAAUCUAAUCCGUCCUCCACAGCCAAUGGAACCGGUGAUCAAUAUUCGGCGGGAUGUGACAGCUCCAAGGGAUGAUUUCCAAUCAUUUCUUCAACCAUCUGCCACAACCACAACGAUUGCCCAGACAUCUGCGGAAAUAGCGAGAGCAGUUCAAAUUGUGCAGCAGUCAUCAACAUCAAACGUUGUCCAGGAACCAAUACUACGUAUGCCGGAGGAUUUCAUGCUUCAACAGAUCCAGUUGAAACCGCUGGAAACUACUAGUUCCCUUCCAGGUGAAGAUACCGAUGAAGUUGAAACUGCAACGGACCUAGAUGCACUUAUUAAACAAAAUAUUUUCGAUGCAGUCAAUGAUGCAAUGCGGAGCUAUCUUGACAUACACAUCGAAAACAUAGUAGAACGUGCGGUAAAUGCAGCUGUCGAUAGAAGUUUUGCGACUAAUUUUGCUCGUCUAGCAGCCAUGACGGAGGUAUUGAAUAAAACGGCAUCCAAAGACGACACAGUUAUCGAGUUACGAUCACCUGUUGAUACUGAGAAGCAUGUUACCGAUUGGAAUGCUGAGUUGACAAAUGAUGCUCUUCAAAUGAAAUAUAUGGAAUUUUUCUCCCGAAUUAUUGUUCCUAAUUCGUACGUGGAAAAAGGAGAUAACGCGUUUUACGUCAUUGCAGAUUGUCUAUUCACUAGACAAUUUUGGAAUCGAUUUACUUGGACAGGCGUGAACAGAGGACAUAAAUCCAAACGAGGCUUCCGUGAAUUUGGAAACGUCACGGAACUGCUUUUAAAACUUAUUCAGAUUGGUGACCCCACAUAUACAAAACAGCAGUUGGAGAAGUUUUGUAAAACGCGCUUAUUUAGACAUGCUAAGACACGAUCUGCUAACAAAAUGCUGCGAAAGUCAUCUUGUCGUACUAAGCGAGGUGUUAAAAGGUCAAAGCCUCAUCAUGAAGGUGCUAUGAAUGUUACAGACGACAUCGAACUUGAUGACAAUGGCUCUGAUGGUGAGGAUAUGGAUAACUUUGAGAACACAGGGUCAAUUCAUCAACCAAACGACACUGAUACAUCUGAAGGCAAUGAUGGAGACUUCUAA